UUGAGAUUUCCAAGAAAACAAACCCAAGUUACGAUCUUUAUAUCUCUGUAGGCCCCCGUUUCUUUCUUUCUUUCUUCUUCUUCUUCUUCCGUCUUCCCGUACCUCUUUUCCAAUUCCAGUGUGGCGGAUUGGUCUCAAAGAUUGGAUUUUGAUGUGGUUUUGGCGGUUGGUUUGAGUUAAAGUUUGUUGCUUUGCGGUAAUAAGCCUGAAGAUUUCUUGAGGAAAUCAACAGGCUUUGGGAAUUAUGAUUGAGUUUCGAGAUUUAGGGAAUUGGGUGGUUUGAGAAAUCAAAGAGGGGAGGAUGUAUCCACCGUUAGGGAGAUUAGGGAGGUACAUCUCGAGAGGGGUAUACACCGUCUCGGGGCCUUUUCACCCUUUUGGUGGAGCUGUGGAUAUUAUUGUAGUUCAACAAGAAGAUGGGAGCUUUAAGUCUUCGGCGUGGAAUGUCCGGUUUGGAAAAUUUCAAGGGGUUUUGAAGUCCAAGGAGAAGGUGGUGAACAUUUGUGUAAAUGGAGAGGAAGCUAGUUUCCACAUGUAUUUGGAUAAUAAAGGGGAGGCUUACUUUCUUAGAGAGGUUGGUGCAGAAGAAGGGGAAUCUGUGUUGUUUCCUUCCUCGUCUUCCAGUGAUGAGACGGAUGAGGAAUCUCGAGAAAAGAGGCAGCCAUUGAAGUCCAAAAGUUGCAACUAUGAUGCUGAAAGUUUGAUGGUCGAUCAGAAUGAUAAGUGCAAUGGGAAGGUAAUGUCCAGGACUAAUUCCCGGAAGUCACGGAUAUUCGGGAUAUUUGGAAGCAGGUCCAUGAAGGAGAGACUGACGGUCAAAGAGGAAGCAAAUGGUGGUGAUAGCACAGUCGGAAGGGCGGAUUCUUUGGAUCGUGCAGAGUUUGCUGCCAACCUUUUGGAGGUAAAAUGGUCCACUAGUCUUGCCACCAAGAAAACCAGGAAAGAGGGUGGUUCUCGUCUUUCUUGUCCUGAUAUUUUGGAGAGUGGAGCCGAUGAAGACAUGCAGAUUAGUUCUGAGCACCGCCGGGUGUGUUCAUCUCCACCUGAUUGUGCUUUGCAUGGGGCAACCGCCUUCUGUAAUGCUAAAAUAGGCAAUGAUCCUUUGUCUGGCUUUGACAAGCCACCUAGUUAUGUGGAGGAAGCUAGUCUAAUUUCAUGUUUAAACACCCCGGGUAUAGUGUCUAGAGUAUGCAGAGAAUUGGAUGAGUCUGGAGCAACUGAAAAUGAUGGGAAUGUAAAGGCACUUGUAUCCAAUAUUGUAGGUCCGGGUGCUUCAAUUCCAUACUCAGUAGAGGUGGAAGCAUUUCCAGGCAAGCAUUUUGUUGGACAGGUUGUUGAUGACAAAGGUAUUGUAAGUCCUGGCUGUGGCAUUUCCAGGAAGGAUGUUGGAACGGAUAGAGUUAAAUCUUUUAUAUACUGUGAAUCAUCAGAGAGUUCAGUAGUGGGAAUAGAUGGUUCCAGCGAACAGACUCAUGAAAAGCUUUAUAUUACUAGAGGAGAUAGUGGAAAUGUUCGUGUUCAUGCCGAAGCAGUUCAUGCCAGAACUGAACUGCUCUCAAAGGAUGCAGUUACAGAGCAGUUUGUUGGAAAUAUUGCCUUAAAGGUGCAACCACUGGAGGCUCCUGAAACAGCUCCUCAUAAUGGGGACAUUGGAGGGCCUGCAAAAACUCCAGAGAAAUGUAGUCAAAUGGUCCAUGUUAGUGCAUUGCCUGAUUCAGUUGAGAUCGAAUCACAAAUCCUUUCUGGGUUAAGCAACUCUGACCAGAAACUUCAAUAUAAGAAAGAAUUUAAAGGCGAAGAUACUGCAUAUGAUGUUCAACCCUCUUUUGCAUAUGUUAGUGGCUCUGAAAUCACUGAAGCCGCAAGUGUGGUGCCACCACCAGGGAUGUUAGAGGAAGAACAGUUCCUUUUCAGCGACUCUGAUGAACUCAAUGCUGCUAAGGUAAAAUGCAUGGGCUCAAGUUCUUCACAGUGUGUAGAUGGAGAAAUUAGUAUAUUGUGUAGUCCAAAUGACCUUAAAGGAUUGAAUGGGUCAGCAGUCAGUACAAAUUAUGAAUCAUAUUCGUCUCCAGAGAAGUUCACUGAAGAAAUCCCCUCAACUGGUUUUGAGAAAGUUAUUGGCAAACUGAAGGAAACAACAACUACAGUUGACAUCCCUAGAAAUCAGAUGGCUAUUGAUAAGGAAGUUGGGAGGCUGGUGGAGUCGAUGCCCAGUAUGUGGCAUCAGACUGAAAAAUUGAGUGCACUGGAUCUUGAUUCUCCUUUAAGCCAUUCGCUGGACUCAGAAGCCAAAACCUUGAACUGGAUACAGCAAAAUAGAGAUGAUUUGAGCUGUGUAAUAUUGGACAAAGAGCAACAAUUACCUCUGGUAGAGCUGGAUACUGAAGAUGCUGAGGGUACGGUGGCGCUCAAAGAUGUUCCUGGCAGUCCUGCACUAGGAGAUCCAUCGGAAGCAAGUGUUACCCCUAGUGGAAGAUGGAAACUCUGGCCUUUUGCUUUCAGAAGAGCGAAUUCUCAAAAGGCUCUGCAACCAAAUGUGAAUGAUUGUGGAAGUCCUGAGAAUGCUCCAGAGAGCACUGUUGGUGUGGAUAAUAUUGACAUUGUGCUGACACCAGAGGAGAUGAAGAAAACAGAAAGGGAAACCUCUCCAACAUCUGAGCAGCUGGCAUCAUUAAAUCUAAAUGAAGGGAAGAAUACAGUAACUUUCACAUUCUCUACUGCAAUGCUUGGAAAGCAACAGGUUGAUGCUAGAAUUUUUCUUUGGAAAUGGAAUACUCGUAUAGUGAUCUCAGAUGUGGAUGGAACAAUCACAAAAUCCGACGUUCUAGGUCAGUUCAUGCCCUUGGUUGGUGUAGAUUGGUCACAAACAGGUGUCACACAUUUGUUUUCAGCUAUUAAGGAAAAUGGAUAUGAAGUACUUUUUUUGAGUGCACGCGCUAUUUCUCAGUCAUCACAGACUCGACAAUUUCUGUUUAACCUCAAGCAGGAUGGGAAGGCUCUACCUGAUGGCCCUGUUGUUAUUUCUCCUGAUGGUCUUUUUCCUUCUCUUUUUCGGGAAGUUAUCCGGAGGGCUCCUCAUGAAUUCAAGAUUGCAUGCUUAGAGGAUAUCAAAUCGUUGUUCCCUUCUGAUUGCAACCCAUUCUAUGCUGGUUUUGGAAACAGAGAUACUGAUGAAUUCAGCUACCUUAAGGUUGGAAUCCCCCUGGGUAAAAUCUUCAUCAUUAAUCCCAAGGGUGAGAUUGUUGUGAACCGCCGUGUUGAUGCAAAGACAUAUACCUCCCUUCAUGCUCUCGUAAAUGGCAUGUUUCCCCCCACAACCUCAACCUCCUCACAGGAGCAGGAGGACUUUAAUUCGUGGAAUUUCUGGAGACUCCCACCAGCUGAUGUCAGUUGAGGUGUCAACCAGAGUUUUUAGUCUUUUUGGUCCUUUCUAGAUAUGCAAACAGAUGACUUUUCCAACACUUGUUCUUGAACUGUCGAGGAAAAUCCAAUAUGUGCUGAGCCUGUCGGAAACUCGGUACGGUUAUGACCGCUGAAGUUACGAAUCACUCUGAGGUUGUAGAAUGACAAUGCAUCAUCCAAUGAAGUUACAGGAUAUGAUCAAGGAAGUUCUACAUCGCUUCCUUUUUGCUGAGAUGGCUGAUACUUGAAGCAAUAUAUGGAAGACAGUACAUAGAACAGUGAGACCAGUAUCACCUCUAUCCUGCUCCAGUUUCUCUCAUUGUUCACUUCUGUUAAAUCAAAUUUUGUAUAGUUAACGUAUAUUAGUCCCAUGACCACGUCAGUUUGCAAAUAUUAUCGAAAAACCAACAUAGGUAAUAGGCAUUUGCUCAUAUAUCUGAUGUACAGAACUUCGAUAUCUGAUGUAAAUUCAUUUUCCAAUCUUAUACAAGCGUUCUGAUCCUUCGAAGA